AUGGGCACUUCUUCUUGGAAGCAGAAGUUGAUGAAGGAGCUCGUUGAUGGGCAGGAAUCUGCAACCCAAUUGCUGGCUCUCCUUCAAAAGCCCUCUAGUGAAAAUGGGUCCUCUCAAUUUUCAUCAGUGGGUGAGCAUUUGGCGAAGAUCAUGAGAUCCUUCACUGAGUCUCUCUCUCUAGUGAUGACAAUGGGCUCUAGUAACAAUUGUGAGUCUGACAACAAUAAUCCCCAACUGGGUUCUGGUUCGGUGUGUAGUAGGAGAUUUGAUGAGGAUUGUGGUGAGAGGAGGAAAAGACGGCCUUGUUUGAAGGAUAGGAGAGGCUGCUACAAGAGAAAAAAUCACUCACAAUCAUGGAUAAGAGUCUCUUCCACUAGUGAAGAUGGCUUUACUUGGAGAAAAUAUGGUCAAAAGGAGAUUCUAAAGGCUAAAUACCUAAGGAGUUACUACAGAUGCACUCGCAAGUAUGCUGAAGGCUGCAAAGCAACAAAGCAAGUCCAAAGAAUGGAGGAUCAACCAGAGAUGUUCCAGACAACUUACAUUGGCAAUCACACAUGCAGAAAUGUUGUCAUGGCCUUUCCAAAGAUGGAAAUAAACCCAGAAUCUUUUUGGCAAUCCUGUGUAGGUAUUCCUGAAUAUUCUGAGAUCCCAACAACAAUAAUAAAACAAGAGCCCUCCAAGGCAGCAGAGGAGACCCCAGGUGGUACUGGUACUGGUGAUGAGCUGAACAACAGUGUGUGGGAGGAUCUAAUGCCUUUUGACUACUCAUGUGAGCCUGCAUCAAUAGUUUCUAAUGUCUACACCAUCACUUCUCAAGAUAGUUUGGACAUUGAUUUUGGGGUUGAUUCAUUCAAUUUUGACACUGAUUUUCAGUUUGAUAUUUGA